CAGUGACAGGAAGAAGGGAACAAGAGGAGGAAGGAGGAAACACAGGAGGAAAAGGAGGAGGAUGGAUACAGUGAGUGACGACGGUGUCACAGAUUGCUACUUGGUCAGGUUCACGGUAUCUACCAGCGUAAACACACAGAGGGCAUAACAGAGGCGAGCUAAACACCACGGGAGUCUAACGUUACCGGACAACUGUCUUUUUCUGGGUUCCUCUUCUUGUUGUUGUCGCUCCCUUGGAGGAAGAAGGGCGAGGAUAGUAUGGCUGCACUUUCUCCACAGAUGCGAGGACUUCACAUAGAUGAGGGAGAAUCCAGAGUCCUAAAAGUGAAAGUAGUUGCUGGAAUUGGGCUGGCCAAAAAAGAUAUACUUGGAGCCAGUGAUCCGUAUACUAGACUGUCCCUGUAUGACCCAAUUAAUGGAGAAAUCACAAGUCUUCAGACUAAAACAUUAAAAAAGACACUGGACCCAAAAUGGAAUGAAGAAUUCUUUUUCGAAGUUGAUCCCAGGAAGCAUCGUCUGCUGCUGGAGGUGUUUGACGAAAACCGCCUGACACGUGAUGACUUCCUGGGACAGGUGGACGUCCCCUUGAAUCAGAUACCGACAGAAAAUCCUAAUACAGAAAGGCCAUACACAUUUAAGGAUUUUCUGCUUCACCCACGAAGCCACAAGUCCAGGGUCAAAGGUCACCUGCGUCUCAAGAUGACCUACCUGCCUAAAGACCCAGGUUCAGAGGAGGAAACGGUGGAGCAGACUGAGGACACGGAUCCCAGUUGGGAGUAUCUGGAGGCUCAGGACAUGUCGGGUCCCAGGCAGAGCCAGCUGCUGCCCGCUCUGCCCCCUGGCUGGGAGGAGCGGCAGGACAACCUGGGGAGGACUUACUUUGUCAAUCAUGAGAGCAGAACCACACAGUGGCACCGGCCCACAGUCCUGGACGAUGACCUGCAGAUACAAAGAAGACAGAACAAUGACAUGGACGUGGAGCAGGCUUUUAUUACACGCAGACAGAUCUCAGAUCACGAUGAGAACACCACACCUGAGAGCUGGGAGAUCAUUACAGACGACGAGUCCACCUUGUACCACAGCAACAGCAACAGCCAGGUCAUGUCACCUCCACCCCACGGUCCUGAGGAGUUCCUCCCAUUUCGUGAAGAUCUGAGAAACUCCCUUGUUUCUGCGUCCACAGUUGGCGAGCUGCGCACCAACCAGGCGGAUCAUGCAAGUAAUUCAAGCCAUUCCAGUCGCAGAGGAAGUGCCCAGACUUCAACAGGAGAGGAACAUCCUGUUAAUCCUGUGCUGGUUCCUACCUCGUCUGGGCUGCCUGCAGGCUGGGAGGAGAAGAGAGACAGUAAAGGGAGACGCUACUUUGUUAACCACAACAGCCGAACCACCUCAUGGACGCGGCCCCUCGUUCAGAGGACCCAGGAAGCCCCAGCAGUGGCACCAGCCGUGGCCCCAGCUGCAGCACAGAUUGGUGCAAGUGUUCGUCAGAGCGCGACCCCGCCCUUACCCCCCGUGUCUCCUGAAGAGUCUCCUCAGCAGACCCCGAGUCCCGAGGCCUCUCAGGACUCUACCUUCCUGCCGGCCGGUUGGGAGGUCCGCAGCGCUCCCAGUGGAAGACCUUUUUUCAUCAACCACAACACUAAAGCUACUACCUGGGAUGAUCCCAGGCUGAAGAUUCCUGUGCAGGCGAGGAGGCGACCCUCACUCGACCCAUCUGAUCUCGGCCCUCUGCCGCCUGGCUGGGAGGAGAGGGUCCACACCGAUGGGAGGAUUUUCUACAUAGAUCACAACACCAGGAUCACACAAUGGGAUGAUCCCAGAUUACAGAACUCGGCUAUAACCGGACCAGCAGUGCCUUAUUCCAGAGAUUAUAAACAGAAGUAUGAAUACUUCAGGAAGAAGCUGAAGAAACCGGCUGACAUCCCAAACCGCUUUGAGAUGAAGAUGAGACGAAAUGCAGUUCUGGAGGACUCGUACCGACGCAUCCUCUCCGUGAAGAGGGCCGACCUGCUGAAGGCCCGGCUGUGGGUGGACUUUGAGGGAGAAAAGGGUCUGGACUACGGCGGCCUGGCCAGAGAGUGGUUCUUCCUCAUGUCCAAGGAGAUGUUCAACCCGUACUACGGCCUGUUCGAGUAUUCUGCCACGGACAACUACACACUGCAGAUUAACCCGAACUCAGGUUUAUGUAACGAGGACCAUCUGUCCUACUUCAAGUUCAUCGGCCGCGUGGCGGGCAUGGCCGUGUAUCAUGGCAAACUGCUUGAUGCUUUCUUCAUUCGGCCGUUCUACAAGAUGAUGCUGCAGAAGCCGAUCACUCUGCAGGACAUGGAGUCUGUUGACAGUGAAUAUUUCAACUCCUUGAUGUGGAUUUUGGAGAACGACCCGACAGACUUGGAUUUGAGGUUCACCAUCGACGAAGAGCUCUUUGGACAGACUCACCAGCAUGAACUGAAGCCGGGCGGCGCAGAGAUUGUCAUCACUAAUGAAACCAAGAAGGAAUACAUCCAUCUGGUGAUGCAGUGGAGGUUUGUGAACAGGAUACAGAAGCAGAUGACUGCUUUCAAAGAGGGAUUCUUUGAGUUGAUACCUCAGGACCUGAUCAAGAUCUUUGAUGAGAACGAGCUGGAGCUGCUCAUGUGUGGGCUCGGAGACGUGGAUGUGAACGACUGGAGAGAGAACACCAAGUACAAGAACAGCUACUGCGCCAACCACGCUGUUAUCCAGUGGUUUUGGAAAACGGUGCUGUUGAUGGACGCAGAGAAGCGAAUCAGGCUGUUGCAGUUUGUGACGGGAACAUCCAGGGUCCCAAUGAAUGGCUUUGCUGAGCUCUAUGGGUCUAACGGACCGCAGCUGUUCACCAUCGAGCAGUGGGGAACACGUGAAAAACUCCCCCGAGCCCACACAUGCUUCAAUCGGCUGGACCUGCCUCCCUAUGAGUCUUUUGAGGAGCUGAGGGAGAAACUUCACAUCGCCAUCGAGAACGCACAAGGCUUCGACGGGGUGGAUUAGAUCUUGAACUGUUAUUGAGCUGAAUGGACAUUACUGCAUGAUGUGCUGAAGAGGAGAGAAACCAGCUGUGCUUCAGAUCCAGGUGUUAACCUGCGGCUGUGUGACGGAUGAAGGAAAGUCGCACAAGCUUCACUCCUCUGUCGUGGCACACAUGGAGAAAGGACAUGAAAUCUGUUGUGACGGGGGUAUUUAAUCACUCUGUAUUUUUACGUUUACAAAGCGAACAUGCAAAGCUGUGUACUCUAUAACUUUUAGAAACACAUUUGUUUCAUUUGGGCUGAAUUGCCUCAGUAAAACUUGUUAUGCUCAUCAUCAGGUAUUUGUGACAUUUUCUCUUCAUACUCUAGUUAGUGGGAAAUCAUUUUACUUCUGUUGCUGUUGUAGUGCUGGAAAGAGUGGACCAUGGGUUAGAUUAUUCAUUAAGUUAACUUAUUAUUAGAAGCAACUCUUCAUAUAUGAGUUAAACAAUUAAAACAUUUUUACUUAUCCAUACCAUUUAAUGUAUAAAGUAAACAAAACAAGUCUGAAAUCCCUUUAAACGUGACAUUACCCCGACUGGAACAAUGUUAGAAGCACCCAGCGGUUUUAAAUGUCCAGUGUGUUGGAUUUAUGGGGAUCUACUAACCCAAAUACAUAUAAAAUAAUAUGACUAUGUUUUCAUUAGUAUAUCAUCUCCUGAAACUAAGAGUUAUGUUAUUUUCCUAAAAUCAGAAUAAGCCUUACAUAUCAUAUCAUAUCAUUGGGAUUGGGUUCCAUAUUUCUACAGUAGCCCAUAGCAACCAAACUAAAACACAGAGUCAGGAUAUGGAGGUUCAAGUUUUUGUGUUGAAAUGAAUUGCACAAAUAAAAAUAGUUGGAAGGUAAAGAGGAUGAAGUGUUUGCUACUGCUGGCUUACCAUCAUGUGCUGUGAAGAGUCUGAGAAGCCAUAUUUUAAAAAGAAAUUGGAGGAUUAAACUGACUAUUAAACAAAAAAAAAAGCUGUUAACAUUAGUGUGGCCUUUUCCAAAUCUCUGAUAAAUGACAUAUGUUUUCAGAGUUGCAUAUCUUUUUGCUGGAUAAGUAAUUUAGCCAACCAAUCUGAUUGGACCUGAAAUCCACAGUAGGAUCUUCCACACGCCUUGAAAUGGAGGGAGGGGUUUUCAGGGGCACUAAAUCCCACACUCUGGUCCUACAAAAUAAGAGAUGAAGACAGCAAGGUGUCAGAAGUUUUAAACAAAAACCUGACUGAUAAAUUGGCAAUUCAAUCUAAAUAAAACCAAUGUAAAUGUGUCUUAUAUUUUAAAUUCUACACAUAAUUAAACAUUUUCAUUCCAUCAUCAUUAGAAAAACUGAUGCAAAUCCCAAAUGUAUGCACCUCAGAAGCAUUGUUAGCAAAAAUGUGAAAGUUAUAUACAAGUUUUAGUGACUAAACUUAAGGGAAGUGUAUUAUGUAAUCAUUAUAGUAGUGAUGUACACAUAGCAGGACCAGUAAAAGGCUAACAAUAUUAUACAUUUUUAGUUUGUUUCUCACUACGUGCAGUGUUAGAUUGUGCUGCAAUACGAUGCAUAAUUGUACAUAUAGACAUAACAUUAUUAGAUAUGUUUUUUCAGUUAUUACAUAAAUAUACUGUACAUAAAAAAAUCUACAAAAUGAUGAAGCAUUUAUUUUUAAAAAUAUUGUGAAAUUGGCAAAUAACUGUUAAUGAUGCACCUCUACAUGAAUGCAUUGUCUUGAGGCACAGUGCCCACUCAGACUCAAGUUUAACACUGGUAGUUUGUGUAUCAGAGUGACGAAUACACAUUAUAUAUCCCAGAAAUAUCCGACAGACUGACCGUAUCAACCAUAUCGUUUUGUUUUCCUCUACUCACCACGGGUGUCUGAUCGCAGCACUGUGCUCUAUUUUUAAGAGUACACCUUAAACUUUUUGGUUAUCAAAAUGUGUACAGAUAAUUGACUGUUUUUAAAAUGAGUAACCACUUGUUAGUACCUUUGUAGGAAAGUAACUGUACUUCAGCAGUCGUUUAUAUGUUCUCUACGGUUAAACAUGCGUUUACACAACCUGCCAUGUUUACAGGUCGUUGCUAAAAGCAGAUAUUGUUGAGCUGGUUCUUGUCUCUCUGACAACACAAUUUUAUACUUUAUGCUUUUAUAAAGUCAAGCACUUUGUUAAUAUCCAUGAGUCUUACUUUGUCUGAAUCUUUGCCAAUCUGUCGCCUGCAGACUGCUUAAAUCGCUUUUUAACAAAAUGAUCCUAUGAUUCAAGUGCACGUGUUUAAAUGUUUACAUGUGAACAUUGCUGAAAAUAAGCAGUCUCUUCUUUCAAUUAUAUUUAAAGUUAAAUACAGAGGCCUUCGUUUGUAAUGUAUUGUACAUUUUGAUUGUUUAUUGGUGUUUUGAUCUCUAAAUGGAAGUACUGUUAUAUAACUAUUGUCUACUGAAGAAUAAUUAAUAGAUCCACCCCCUAAUUUCUGAUAUAUCGACUUUUCUUAUUAUGGAUUUAAAUAUAACACCUAUAAGUGCAUUACAACAACAAGAACAACAGCAACAACCACAACAUACAUGCAACAUAUAUACAACAGUUUAAACGUUGAAAAUGAAUUGUAUGAGCUGUUAAAUCACAAUUUGAUGGCAUACAGUACACCAAAUUAAAUAUCAAUAUAUUUGAAAAAUAAAGAUAUAUUAAAACAAUCA